AACUCCUUUCACAUCAGGUGCAAUUGUUGGAGAGAAUCGUAAUCCGUGGCAUAUAUUCAUAGGAAUUGAAUCAACUAAUUUAACAUUUGACGCUAUGGAAAGUCGGGAACAAAAUGCGGAUCGUGUACCUGUGGAGGCUGUUGCGUGCGAUGGUGCAAAGGAAUUCAAAACUGGGAGAGAACGAAUUGAAAAAAUGUCAGCAGAAGUUGUGGAUUCCAACCCCUACAGCCGCUUAAUGGCAUUGCAGCGAAUGGGGAUCGUUAAGGAGUACGAAAAAAUUCGAGAAAAAAGUGUAGCCGUUGUUGGUGUGGGAGGUGUGGGCAGCGUAACAGCAGAUAUGUUGACACGGUGCGGUGUCGGUAAGCUGAUGCUGUUCGAUUAUGAUAAGGUGGAGUUGGCAAACAUGAAUCGACUUUUCUUCACACCGGACCAAGCAGGACUAUCGAAGGUUGAGGCAGCAGCGAAGACGCUGCAAUUCAUCAACCCUGAUGUGGCAAUUACGACGCACAAUUACAACAUUACAACUGUCGAUAACUUUGAUCGGUUUCUCGAUGCCAUUCGAACAGGUGGUAUUGAAAAUGGUGCGCCAGUUGAUCUGGUACUCAGCUGUGUCGAUAAUUUUGAAGCCCGAAUGGCGAUAAACACGGCUUGCAACGAAUUGAACCUCUAUUGGUUUGAAUCAGGUGUGUCCGAAAAUGCUGUUUCGGGCCACAUACAGUUCAUAAAGCCUGGAGAAACGGCAUGUUUUGGCUGCGCACCCCCAUUAGUCGUUGCGGAGAACAUCGAUGAAAAGACACUUAAACGCGAAGGUGUAUGUGCUGCUAGCCUGCCAACGACUAUGGGUAUUGUGGCCGGGAUGUUAGUACAGAAUACGCUCAAAUAUUUGCUUAAUUUCGGCAUUGUUUCCAAUUACCUCGGUUACAAUGCAAUGAACGAUUUUUUUCCCAGUAUGAGCCUGAAACCGAACCCAACAUGUGAUGAUCGAUUUUGCAUUCAACGUCAACAAGAAUUCUUGGCCAAACCACCAACCACCUUGGCCUCUAAUGUUCCUGAAACGGAAUCUGAAAGUCCACUGCAUGAAGAUAAUCUAUACGGUAUCGAAUUAGUGGUUGAAAAUGACAACGUACCGAAUAGCAGUAGUGAUAAGGUAACGAACGUUACAACUAACAUUGUUGAAGGUUUGAAAUUGGCGUACGAUGCGCCUAUUGUAGAAAAUGCAUCCCAGGUAUCAACGCAGGACGAUGUAAGCCUUGAAGAAUUGAUGGCACAAAUGUCAGGAAUGUGUAAAUCUUCCAAGAAAGAGUGAAAUUUAUAUUUUGGUAUCAUUGUUAACAUUCGGAUGCAGUUUAUUCCAUACGUAUAGCUAUUAAACGAUGCUUGAUGUGACGCCAUUCGAACGGAAGUGUGAAUUUGAUCUUUUUUUUUAUUCUUGUUUUAUCACACACAUACAAAUAUUUGUCAAUACAUGAUAUAUACAUACACAAAUAUAUGCAUUCUUAAUACAGAUCCAUAUUUAUGUAUGUAUAUCUAUACACAUAUGAAUAUAUCUAUGUAUGAAUAACAAUCGUUUACUCCCCUUACAUAAAAUUGGAAAUAGAACAAAACUACAGAAUCAUAUGUUUUCUGAGCGAAUAUUUCGGCAGAACAACAAAUUUCACAACUGGGUCUGGUUUUAUCUUCGCAAAGAAAAAGAAAAAACAACAACCACCAAACUUUGCGAAGAUCCGAGCGUUACUGUUCUAUUUAUGUUUAAAAGGUGAUUUAAGUUUAAUUUCUCCGAAUGUAUUCCCAUUUGAAAAUUAAAACAAAAACAAACGAAACCACUCUUUCUCGCCCUUAGCGCGAGUUUAUGCAUAUCUUUUGGCAUGAUAACUAGAUGGCAGGAUAAAAUAUCAUGUCGCCAAACUACUACCGUUAAGACCAACAUAUGUGCAGUGGAAUAUUUAUAUAUAUAUAUAGAAAUCAUAAAGUAUUAAACAACAUAACGCACAUGUCGCACAUUCUCUUUCUAUCCUUACAGUGAUUUUGACUUGCG